AUGGCGUUGCAGACCGGAGUUGGCUUAUCCAAGAUCUUGCUCUUAGCGGGAGCUGGUUAUACUGGUACGAUCAUGAUGAAUAAUGGCAAAUUAUCGGAUUUGUUGGGUGAAUUGCAGUCUCUGGUGAAGGGUUUGGAGGUAUCUGGAGAUGGAUCUGAGGGAGAUUCUGAUAUUCCUGAUGCCAUAGCUGCCCAGGUUCGCCGACUGACCAUGGAGGUUCGUCAGCUAGCGUCUUCGAGGCAGAUAACGGUCAUGAAUGGAGUUUCUGGUGCAAACUUACAAGCUCUUGCUGUUCCUGCUGCGGCAUUGGGAGCUCUCGGAUAUGGUUAUAUGUGGUGGAAGGGACUCUCAUUCUCUGACCUUAUGUACGUGACAAAAGCCAACAUGGCUAAUGCUGUGGCUAACUUGACAAAGAAUCUGGAGCAUGUUUCGGAGACCCUUGCUGCUGCAAAAAGGCAUUUAACGCAAAAGAUUCAGAAUGUGGAUGAUAAGGUAGAAAUGCAGAAUGAACUCUCCAAGGAAAUUAUUAACCAGGUCACUUUGACUCGUGAGGACAUCAGCUCACUUGAGAUGAAUUUGGAAUCAUUGCAGAAUUUUAUCGCUCAACUGGAUGGGAAGUUAGACACGCUGCAAUACAAACAGGAUGUCACAAAUGUUUUCAUGGUCAACUUGUACAACUUCUUUGGAGGCAAGAGCACAAAACUGCCUGAAAUGGAACAGCUUCAACUUCCUGUAAAUCAAAAGGCUCGUAAUUUGCUUCCAGAUGUUGAAAGCAAGGGGCUGAAAAACUUUGCUGAAGUACUGUUUGAAAGCAAUGACACAGAGGGAACAACCACAGGGAAACAAAUUUUUAUGCGCAAGGUCAAUGACAAGUCGAGGCCAGUGUUAUCAAGGGCUACUUCAGCUAGAUGUUGA